AUGGCGGACACUGUAACAUUUGGGAGCUCUUGCUCAACGUUCAGGGAUCCUGAGAAGAAAGCAUGGAAGUCACGAUCUCAAGUUGGAAUGAUUAUUGGCAAGAAUGAUAAAACUAAGGGCUUCAAAGUCUACCUGCCGAAGGAGAAAAUUGUGAUCAUUACUCAGCAUAUUCGUAACGUCGAAACGCUAAAUAGCGCACAGAACGCUCAGCUACAAAAACGGAUUGAACACGAAGAUUUCAUGCUGCGGCGCGCCGGGAUGGAUCGUGACGAAACCCCGACACGGGAGGAGCCUGCAAAUUUAAAAAAGAGUGGUUUGGAGGCAGACGAAGAUUUGGUGUCAAGUAACAACUCUAUACCGAAUGAAAGAGAUGGAGGUGAGGCCGAGCAGUUACCAGAGGAUGGGCGGACGCAAGCUCGGUUGCAGACACGCAACAUGUAUACAAAGCACGUGCCGGUAUAUAGUGUGAAAGCUAUCACGCUUAAAGACCCCAAGAACUAUCACGAGGCGAUGAAGGACCCUCUAGUCAAGCCCUGGAAGGAGGCAAUGCGCAUAGAGUUUGACGCGUUGGAGCAGAAUCACACGUGGGAAGUGAUACGAAAGCCACACGAAGCAAAGCUACUUCAUAGUAAGUGGUUUUACAAGCUCAAGAUGCACGCUGACGGCACGAUCGAAAGAUACAAGGCGAGGCUGGUGGCGCGAGGAGAUGAACAAGUUUAUGGUAUCGAUUACAACUACACGUUCUCGGCCGUUAUGGAAAUGGUUUCUGGCAAAGUGAUCCUUGCAGUUUCAAGAAUCUGGGGAGUACCUGCGCACACGGCGAUGUGCCGAGUGCUUAUGUCAAAGCCGACAAAGAAGAAGGCUUGA